AUGGCAGCCAAAGUCAAAUUCUCGGCAGUUUUAAUAAACUGUUUAUCGCUGCUUAUAGCCGUCGUGGCAGAAGAUCCGUAUAGAUUCUUUGAAUGGCGCGUAACCUAUGGUACUAUUUCUCCUAUGGGAGUUAAACAACAGGGUAUAUUGAUCAACAACAUGUUUCCCGGACCGGAAAUUCGCGCUGUAACAAAUGAUAACCUCAUCAUUAACGUAUUCAACGAACUCGAUGAGCCUUUUCUUAUUUCAUGGGCUGGGAUUCAAAAUAGAAAGAACUCGUUUCAAGACGGAGUGUACGGAACGACGUGUCCAAUCCCGCCGGGGAAGAACUACACUUACGCUCUUCAGAUGAAGGACCAGAUCGGAAGCUUCUAUUACUUCCCCUCGCUCGGAUUUCACAAAGCCGCCGGCGGUUUCGGAGCUAUACGUGUCUCCAGCCGUCCAAAGAUCCCCGUCCCUUUCCCUCCUCCCGCAGACGAAUACACUGUUCUCAUCGGCGACUGGUACAAAACCAAUCACAAGGACUUGAGAGUACAACUCGAUAAUGGAGGAAAGCUUCCUCUCCCAGAUAGAGUUCUCAUCAAUGGCCGCGGUAGCGGUGCUACACUCAACGUUCAACCAGGUAAGACCUACAGACUGAGAAUAUCCAAUGUAGGACUACAAAACUCUCUCAACUUCCGCAUCCAAAACCACAUGAUGAAGUUGGUUGAGGUCGAAGGCACACACACUAUUCAGAACGUGCUCUCUUCGCUUGAUGUUCACGUUGGUCAAUCUUACUCGGUCCUAAUAACGGCUAACCAGCCUGCAAAAGAUUAUUACAUUGUGGUCUCUAGUAGGUUUACUCCAAAGGUCCUCACCACCACCGGUGUUCUCCAUUACACCAAUUCUAAUAAACCUGUUUCUGGACCUAUUCCUGAUGCACCAGCUUCCAUGAGCUGGUCUUUUAGCCAGGCUCGAGAUAUCAGGACCAAUCUUACAGCGAGCGGACCAAGACCAAACCCACAAGGUUCGUACCACUAUGGUAUGGUAAAUGUCACAAGAACCAUCAAACUUGCUAACUCUGCUGGAGAUAUCAAUGACAAGCAACGGUACGCCGUGAACAGCGCAUCAUUUUACCCAGCAGACACCCCUCUUAAACUCGCAGACUACUUCAACAUCAGCGGUGUAUACAAGCCUGGAAGCAUAUCUGACCAGCCCACAAAUAUACCGAUCUUCCCUGUCACUUCUGUCUUGCAAGCUGAUCACAGAGCCUUUGUUGAGAUUGUUUUCGAAAACAAGGAAGAUACUGUCCAGAGCUGGCACUUUGACGGUUACUCUUUCUUCGUUGUUGGAAUGGAACUUGGGGAAUGGAGUCCUGCGAGUAGGAAAGUCUACAAUCUAAACGAUGCAGUUUCACGCUGCACUGUUCAGGUGUAUCCAAGGUCAUGGACUGCAAUAUAUGUAGCACUAGACAAUGUCGGAAUGUGGAACCUGAGAUCAGAGUUGUGGGAAAGACAAUACUUGGGACAACAGUUAUACGUGCGUGUCUACACAACAUCGACUUCUCUUAGAGAUGAAUAUCGAAUCCCGACGAACGCUCUUCUUUGUGGUAAGGCCAGUGGACACCACCAUAAAGGACUGCUAUGA